AUGUUGAACGCCAGCCUUUAUGACAACUCGACCAGCACCGGGGGUCGUGUUCGCCCGCUCUGGUACAAUUACCCAGAAUGCGUCGUGUCCCCUCAGCCCUUUGCCUUCUACUUUGCGUGCAAGGUGAUCAACCUGGUCGUUGGCACUCCGGGCAACAUCUUCGUCAUCUGGCAAAUCGCUUCGAAAAAGAAGAACACCUCCACGUCGGACAUCUUCUUCCUCAACCUGGCCGUGCUGGACGCCUACUUCUGCUUGAUGACGCCUAUAGAGUUGGUCAACAGGCUGGAGCUGGACGACAAAAACAUCUGGAUCUUCCAGAGGUUUGCGUAUGGGGUGAAGGACCUAGCACCACUUUUUCUUGUGUGUAUCUGCGUGGACCGCUACAUGGCUGUCGUACACCCAGUGUUUUUCUCGAGCUACCAGGAGACCAUCACCCGCGGUUGCGUUUGCAUCAUAAUCUGGAGUUUAAUAAUGCCCUACAGCAUCAUCAAGGGGAUCCACGGCAUUCUGAGCGUGACCGGCAUCUUCUCCGGGGUCAUCCUCUUUGCAUUCGCCGUCAUGGUCUUCUGCAACAUCUCCGUCAUCUGGGUCCUCCGGCACUCGGUGGCGGGGAAGGAAAAGAUGCACCCGGUGAAGAAGAGGGCCUUCAAGAUGGUGCUGAAGAACCUGGGCAUCAUCGUCUUCAACUACCUCCCCCCCGUGGCCUCCAUGCCCUUCGUGUCUUACUACACGCGGUUCGAGUACCUCUGUCUGAUCAGCAUCAGCGUGUUCGCCGUCAUGGACCUGAGCUGCAGCAUCGAGCCGCUGCUCUACAUCUCAAAGUCGGAGGGACUGAACGCUUUCUGCUGCAAGAAGGCCUCGGAAAGCCCGGCCGACGUCAAGGUUUGA